UUCAAUUCUACUUUUUGUGUGUGUUGCAAAUUAGAUAGAAUUUCAGUUACUUGCGGCUGAUCGUUGGUUCAUGACAUGAACUUGUAAAGUGCGCGGAUGCUUAGAGAAAGCUAAAUUUUACUGAAAGUUCGUGUCGAUUAAUCGCUGUCGUUUUCAAUAUUUGACGGAUCUUAAUAAAAAGAAAAGCUGCAAAUAGAAUUAAUAAAAAUAAAGCAACACAAAAAAAAGAGUCCAGUGAGUUGCUUUAAUAUUGUUAAAAAUAAAGAAGAAAACGAACGAUUUAAAUGUGAAUCAAAAUCAGCUAAAGAAAUCUCAACAUUCCAAAACCGAAAUCAGCAAAACUUAAUUAAGUGAAAAUCAAAGGGGAGACAAAGAAAAAAAUCUCCAAAGUAAAGAAAUUUUCAGAAACAACAACAUUUAGAUGUCAACAAACACAGCGGGAUACAGCAUAAUACAAACAACUACAACCGCCAAGUAAAAAAACACCUCGAAGAAGUCCGCACUUUAAUAAGAACAACAACACAAGGGAAAAUGAGUGGCAGUACAACAACUGCGGAGAAACUAGUUGCAACAACUAUGUCUAAUAUUAAGGAAACUAUGAAAACCUUAAUUACCACCACCACAACUGAGGCAACAAAAGCUGUUUCGGCUGCUAUAGCAGCAUCAACAACAACAACCACUUCAAGCAUAUCGUCAUCAUCAUCAUCAUCACCGCUAUCAUCUGUUACCUCUCCUGCUCAUCAGCAUCAUCAGGAUAACGAUGGCGAGAAAAUCCUUAAUGUAGCAGAUUUAAGCACAUCUAUGCAACAUUUCGGUGUGAUGGACUAUUGUGUCUUCGUUUUGAUGUUAAUCGUCUGUGCCGGCAUCGGUUUCUAUUUUGGUUUCAUUGAAAAGAAGACAAAGAAAACUAAAAAUGUGGAGCAUCGUCGUGGCUCAGAGGCAUUAGAUUACUUGGUGGGUGGUCGUAAGAUGAAAGUGUUUCCAGUAUCGUUGUCUUUGGUAGCCAGUUUCGUUUCGGGCAUCUCCCUGUUGGGCACAUCCACGGAGAUUUAUGUUUAUGGUACUCAAUAUGCUUUCAUCUUAAUAACCUUGGCACUGUCUGGUGUUAUUUCGUGGUAUGUCUUCUUGCCCGUCUUCUGUAAUUUACAAUUGACAUCGACAUAUGAGUAUUUGGAAAUGCGAUUUGAUCGCAGACUACGUCUGUUUGGUUCUGUAAUGUUUUUGGUCGGAGCGAUGUUAUGGUUGCCCAUUUCUAUUUACGUACCCGCUUUAACAUUCAAUCAAGUAACUGGCAUUAAUUUGUACACAAUAAUACCGGUGGUGUGUUUGGUCUGCACCAUUUAUACCUGCAUUGGUGGCAUUAAGGGAGUGAUAUGGACAGAUGUGCUGCAGGGCUUUAUUAUGGUGGGAUCAUUGGCAUUUGUAUCCAUCAAGGGUACCAUUGAUGUAGGUGGUUUGGGUAAUGUUUAUGAGAGAAACAUGGCAAGUGGCAGACUGGUGGCACCAGAAUGGACUUUCGAUCCCACUGUGCGCAUGGGCUUCUUUGCGGUAUUUGUGGGAGGCACUUUAUUAAAACUGCAGGGUACUUGCAUUAAUCAACCAGCUGUGCAGCGUUUUCUGUCUUUGGGCAGCAUGGCAGAUGUCAAGAAAUCUUUGUAUGCCUUUAUCAUAGGCUUGGUGUGUCUAUUGGGUCUUUGUAUAUAUUUGGGUCUGUUGGCGUUUGCUUCGUACUAUGAUUGUGAUCCCAUUUCAACAGGAUUGGUUCGUGCUAAAGAUCAAAUUGUUCCUUUAUAUGUUAUGCAGAUAGCUGGCUCCUAUCCUGGUAUAGCGGGGCUUUUUGUAUCAGGAGUAUUUAGUGCUGCUUUGAGUUCCUUGUCAACUUGUUUGAAUUCCUUGUCGGGUGUUUUAUUAAAGGAUUUUGUGGAGCCUUAUCGCAGCCAACCUUUUACCGAAAGACAAACUGCUAUCUUCCUAAGAGCGGUGGUUUUAUUUUUUGGUGUCUCAGCCAUGGGUUUGGUAAAGAUUGUAGAGAAAUUGGGCAUGGUCAUGCAGUUGUCGGCCACCGUGAACUCGAUUUCUAUAGGACCUAUUUUGGGUAUAUUUACUGUAGGCAUGACCAUGCCUUUUGUCAAGUCAAAGAGUGUUUUAACUGGCUGCACUACCUCGGCCUUAAUCAUGGCCUAUAUAGCAAUACGUUCUCAAUAUGAUAGUGCCACGGGGAUUUUGAAAUUCCCCACUAAACCGGUGUCUAUAGAGGGAUGUACCUAUGAAUUUGACUAUGUAAAUAAAACUAUUUUAGGCACCCCAGAACCCACCACUAGUGGCACACCUUUGCAUCAUGUUUCCUUUUUGUGGUACAGUGCUAUAGGUGCCGUCAUUACCAUUACGGUAUCCUUGUUGUCUACUUUGUAUUUUGGCCGCCAGGAUUCCAGUGAAGUGGAUCCUCAAUUAAUUACUCCUAUAUUGAGAAAAUAUAUGAACAAAUAUAAAUAUAGCAGCGCGGCCCAGAAUAUCAAUGAUAUGCAAAUGGAAUUGGAGAAACCUUUGAAAAAUGGUGCCAAGGGGGAGGAAGAAAAUUUCGAAAAUGAAACGAAGGAGGAUUUAUAAUAGACUUUGUUAAACUAUUUUUAUAUUACUUAUACUAGUUUAUGUAAAUAUAUUUGGUCAAUUCACAAAGUCUCCUAUCAUGUCAUAAUGUCCUAAAAUAAUACUAUUCUGUAUGCUAUGUUUAUUGUGUUCAACCAGCAGAGACCUGCGCCGAAAGCCUAAUAGUCGGUUAAGCCAAGCCGCCGAGUCGUGAAAUAUUAGGACAUUAUGACAAUAUGACUGAUAGGAGACCUUGUGAAUUGACCAAUUGUAUAUUAUACAAUAUGUAAUUGUAUAAUUUUAUAGCGAUUAAUUUAGAAGAAUUUUUUUUUGUGUACAAAUUUA